AUGACGCCAAUUGCCAAGUUGUUCGACCUGCCAGGAAAGGAAUGGACCUGGGGGAACAACACUUUCUUAGGGCCCAAUCUACUUGCUAGUUCGCCGUUUGUGCAAGGUAAAAGCAGUGGAGGCAGCAUACUGAAGCUUCACGAGGACGUGCAGACCUGUGGAUACAAGGACGUGCAGGUGAUGUUCGAGAUGCUGACCUCGGAGCUCGAGGACCCCAAGAGGCGCAAGCAACAGCAGGCGGCCUCCUGGAGGCCGCCCUCGGCGUGGCCCUCCCGGUCGUCGUCCUCGAUCGCGGCCGCGGCGCAGUAG